UCAGACAAACCCACGAACACACUGUACAGAUCAGGUAUACAACAUUCGCCGCAUACAUUUGUUGGUAUCAGCGUUUCUCUGCGCACGACUGUGGCUACGACUUUUGGCAUCAUCAUCUCUCCAGCCAUUCAUUGUCUUGCCACAAAGCAGCAGUUGCUUCGACUGUUAUCUACUCUUACCUGCCGCACAACGAACGCGUCCAGUUAGUAUGAGUGCGCCUGCGCGCAGUGACGGUUCAGUUUUUUUCAUUUAUCGCAUUCGUCGUUCGAGUGAAAUGUCUGCGCGACAAACAGUUUUUGAAAGUUCAUUUUACACAAAUAUACACGUAUAUACAAACAACAUCGAGUUGGCAGAAGAAUUGCGUGUGAAUUGUGGUUUGUGAACGCGUUGAACGAGGCAAAAUAUAUUUGAAAAAAAAAAAAAAAUUUGCCAAACGCACAAAAGUGAUUUUUUCGUAUGAAAUUAUGACGUCUACAUAAAUAUUCAACACCGAUUAAUUAACAUAUAGUAGCAUAAGCAUCGUAACUAAAAUACAGCGUAUAAAACGUACAAUAAAUUCUGUACUCCCUGUGCGCAGGAUCGUGAAAAUCGAGCAAAACAGAUACAGGUGUAUUAGUGUGUGAAGUGCUUACAAGGUGAAACAAGUGAAAAGAGUAGUUUUGUACUGGCAUUGUUUUCUAAAGGAUUACCAUUUCUAUUGGAUACUUCGAAAAAAUGGCUGGAAAAACGAUGCGCAAACAAACACUCGCACACAUUGCCUGCGUGUACGUCUUCAUUGUGAUCGCUGCAGCAACGCUCUUGCCAAUCGUUUUGGGUAUACAGCAACAACACUUCCCCGCGGACUAUCUGGUGCCACCACCCUUACCCACGCCCCAACAUUUGAGGCAUCAAAAUGCGCCAACACACCAAACAGCCGAAACAGUGGCGGCAACUAGUCAAACAUCCAUCAACGCCGCCGAACAGCCUGGUUUUAUGUCACGUGUUGCACGUUGGUUUGGCCUCGGCGCAGCGGACCAAAAUCAAGUCGCAUCCGAUGGAAAGCAAGCCUAUAACUACGCGCAACCGUUGGGCGCGGACGGUAAACCUUGUAACCAAUGCAAUAAGUAUCCCUGGGUACCGAUGUUCCCACACGCACUGCAGUAUCCGCCAGCCGCCGCGGUAGGCAACCAAAACAUUCAUCAGUCAUCUGCCGUGCCCCAGCAUCAGUCCAAUCAACAUUACGAGGCACAAGCAUCACAGAAAUUCGUACAGCAACAACCGCUACCAUUUGUUGUGGGGAAAGCCCAAUUGCCUAUCAAGCAGCGCGCAGUGCAAUUCAAUUUUCCCACAAUUUAUCAGACAGUGCCCGGUUCCUAUAAAGCCGUACCCGGUGUGGCAAAAGCGCCUAUAGCGCCACCACCAUUCCUACCGCUUCAUAUACCAAAACUCAAUUUGAAUGCGCUGCCGCCCAUUUAUAAUGCGCAACCCUUCCGCGUGCCGUACUUAACGCCAGCGACCUCCACCACUACAACAACUACGCCCACAGAGUCCAGUUUGGGUAGUGUACAACAGUUGCCUACCACCGAGCCCGCGCACUUUGCCGAAAAUAUAGGCGCGCACUCGGAGUUACAGGCAGACCGCGUCCGACCAGCGCAAACACACUCGACACCCGCACGAAAUCCCGAUCCGAGUUUUGAGAUUGUUAAGAGCCAUCAGAUCACUGAUUUCGUCUCAUCCGUUGAGUAUCCGAUCACAUUCGAACAAUCGCCUUCCAUAGACUUGGGCCAAGAACACAUCCCGGCGAUUCAAGAAACGCCCAAAGAGACUGUCGCUACUGUGCCAUACCAGCAUGAGACGUUGAGUCCGAAUCUACAUAAACACUUGCCCGCCUCGCAAAUACUCACCGACCUAGGCAGUUUUUCGGGCAAACAGCAGACAAAGACGCAAAAUCAGCAGACGCAACAGGCACAGUCUUAUCCGAAUGCACAGACGCAGUGGCAAACGCAAAGUCAGACACAACCACAUCCGGCACCGCAGCACCAGUCUGCGUCCUACCACACAGCAACGCAACAACAACAACAGCAAUACACACAAGCUACUCAAUCUCAGUCACAGUCUGGGUACACACAGUUUCAUCAGAGUAACGAACCAUCUACUACCUUCUACACAACCCCAUACCAGCCGCAAACCCAAUAUCCCCAACACAAUUAUACGCCUCCGGGGACGACCUACGAGCCGCAAGGCGGAGACAAUUUUCCCUCAGCUUCGUCGCACAAUCUCACACAAUUGCAAGGUCAGCAACAAAACUUGAACUACAAGCCUUGGCUGCCACUGACACAAACCUUUGUCUACACAACCACUGAACCGCCACGAGAGCUCGAGUUUUCGACACAAUUAACUCAACUCGGCGAUGUCGAUUAUUUGACGGAGCGCGCGCCGGGCACCACAAAAGUACAAUAUUCACCUUCGGUACAAACGUUUGCGCCACACAGGCCGGAGCAAGUGAAACACGAUUCUCGUGACACACCGAAAAGAUUACUAGAUUCACCCAUACUACAUGCACAUGGCUUUCCCAAUCAACCACGUCCAUUUACACGUGAUCCUAGUGAGUUGAAUCUACGUCGACCGGCGGCAAACUUUGUAACCGCAGAUAUUUAUCCAAAUCACAAGCAAAACUCCGUUGAGCCAUCUUACUCCACGGCGCCAUGGUUAGUAACGCCCCUUCCGCCGUUACCAGCGUUCACUAACGCACCCGCAGAUCCAACACCGACCUCGACUUACAGCGCGCUCGAUGCCAGCGGUCAAUAUGCCGGCAUGUCGCCACCAAAUCCACCCGCACCGGCGCGCCACAAAGACGUUCAUCAAAUCAUCAUACCAUAUACAACAAAAAACCAGCCACGUCCAUUCGAACCAACUCGGUCGGUGACUGAAGGUAAUCAGCAUGUGCAGUUCAGCAACGCUGCCUACCACAAGUGGUCCGCGCAACAGAAUAGCGUCGAUAUACAUGAGCAGCAAGAGUCAAAGUUGGUGACGGCAAAAUUGGCUACAGAAACACCACCCACACCACACGAGCCACCGCGUCGCACCACGAAAUAUGUUACGAAAAUACUUGCCUCAAAUUUGCGUGAUCUACUGCGUCGCGAGCAUGACGUCAGAAAACACAAGUCGAAUUCUUCGUCUGGCUUUGACCUCUCCAAGCUACAGAAGAAUAUCGACGACUGGACGGAGCAGGAGUAUACCUCGCUGUCGCACCGUCCUAGCACGCCGACUAUACGCGGUCGUUCCAAACACAUACCAGCCGAAUAUCUUACCACCACAACGCCAUCAUCAGCUCGCCGUCCGAAAACCACUCUAAGUCUUUAUGAUCCCUCAUCGGAGUUACCCGCAUCGGUAAAUGACUUACAAUCGCUGCUGUUGGAACGUGGCUCGAAACGAUUUGAAUUGAAUCAAAUCAACGAUGAGAUUGAUAAUCGUUUGCUGGACACAAUAGAGAGUGAGACAGCAACUGUAUCGUCUACAGCUACAACAAAACACACAACAACAACGCAGCAUUCGACACACAACAAUGGUCAUGCAGCACCAAGUUUCAUGCAUCGCAGUGCCGAUUCUUAUCAGCCCGAGCCCGAGCCCGAGCCAGCUGAACUUUGGCGCAAAGCUAAAGUAUCGAUUUCACCACAAACUCAUGAGAAGGUCUAUGUGGUGACGCCACAGCCGAGGUUCUUUCCACAACGUAUGUUAAGCACAACGAGCACGAGCACAGAAGUGCCGAUCAGUUUGAGGAAAUCACCACGCUUUGUGGUGAGACCAACGCCAGGGAAUGGCACCAACUCGCAAACGCCGGCGUCAAAUCACUACAGCUCCGAGCUGUUCGGCCUCAGAGGUCUCUCCGCGUAUGUGCCCGCGAAGCCAGUGGAGAUCAUCGAUGGCAAUUCAAAAGUCUUCAACAUCGCUACAUCAGCGCCAGAUAACCAAGUGGACUACACCGCAACCAAACCGGCGGAUUCUGUGGAAAAGGCAGCGCUGGCGAAGAAGGGCAGAAGACUGAGAUCGACAAUGUCACCAUCGCCCAGGUAAAUUUCGGCAGGCAAAUCUGGAUUUUUGGUCUUCGAAUGCCAAGGCAUGCGUCAGCCGACAGACUUCGUAGGCACUUCCACAUAUGUGUACUCGCAUAUCGACUUAUCGAUAAGUGUGGGCUGUAGUCUGUAGUCUAUAACUUUUGUAUUAUAAAUUUUCAAACGAUAUUUUAUGUAUGUACGUAUGUCACUACCACUCUCUAGCAAUAAUUAAUGAUUACGCAAUUUUAAGUUAUGCUGUAAAUGAAAAUAAAAUUUAAUUAAGAAUAUUUUAUAUUCCAAAAGUAUGGUAUAUAAAUCGAAAAAAAAAAAUCUGUAUCGUGAGCUUAAGUGUAAUUCCAUGAAAAGUAGCAGUAAAUUUAAAAAUUGUUUUAAUUUUUUUUUAUUUAAUUAUUAUUAUUUUUCAACGCAA